GACAGUUUGUACACAGACUAUUCUGCAGUUGGCUGCGACUUAACAAGUGUGAUUCAGAAAUCGGAUUCUAUAUAUAUAUUUAUAAGCGAAAAACUUAUUUUGUUUUAAGCUGAUUGGUCGGAUACCUUGUCGAGUUUCUACGGGCCGUACUUUAUGUUUUCCGGCUGAUGAUUUAUUCAUCAGUUCUCUGGCAAAAAAUAUCGCACAGAAGUCUUGUGCAUCAUUCGGAAGACGGAGGGCGAUUCGAAAUGAGGAUUUAUUCUUGACAUGAAACAUAUUUUACAAUCCUGAUUGUGCUGAAGAGCUGAGGAACUGUAACGAUGGCUGAUAUGGUGUCAACAGAAUCUGCUGUAGAAGCGGAGGCUCCAGUGCUUGUGGAUAGUCAACUGAUAAAUGGAGUUUUCACAGUUCUUCUACAGAAAAGGAUGGAAAUGAAUGAACACAUCACAGAUAGAGAUGAACAUGAAAAUAAGAGCUGCUUUUACUAUCUACGAACAUACAUGCUGAAGGAGAUUUUUACGUGGCGACUUUUUAAGACAAUUGUCUUGGGUCAGGGAUUAUCUGUGCUAAUAUGUGGUACUGGCAUUACUAGUCAGUAUUUAGCUAAUGAUUUCUCUGUCAAUACUCCAAUGCUGCAAAGCUUCAUCAAUUAUACGUUAUUAUUUCUGGUUUAUGUUCCAUUGCUGUCUUUCCGAAGGGAAGAUAAAAAUCUCUUGUCAAUAUUAAAAAAAAAAUGGUGGAAGUAUUUGUUGUUGGGAAUCGCCGAUGUUGAAGCUAACUAUAUGGUUGUAAAGGCCUAUCAAUACACAACACUAACAAGUGUGCAGCUCCUGGACUGUUUUGUGAUUCCUGUGUUAAUGGCCCUUUCAUGGUUUAUCCUUAAAACCCGUUUCCGGAUAGUUCAUUAUGUGGCAGUGUGUAUCUGUUUGUUGGGUGCUGGAACGAUGGUUGGAGCAGAUGUUCAAGCUGGGAGAGACCAGGGUUCAGGUACCAACAUAUUACUUGGAGAUGUCCUUGUUUUGGGUGGAGCGGCUCUUUAUGCUGUUUCUAAUGUUUGUCAAGAAUACACUGUGAAGAAUUUGAGCCAAGAGGAGUUUCUGGGCAUGGUUGGAUUGUUUGGCACUUUCUUCAGUGGAAUACAGAUGGCCAUACUUGAGUGUACAGAAAUCGCCAAAAUUACCUGGAACUGGCAAGUUGCCUUACUUUUCACUGGAUAUGCCAUAUGCAUGUUUGGACUGUACAACUGCAUGCCCUUGGUCAUUAAAAUAGCCAGCGCAACUGCAGUGAACCUAUCCUUGCUGACAGCAGACCUUUUCAGCCUUUUCUUUGGAUUUGUUCUCUUUCAAUACAAAUUCUCCAUUUUGUACAUUUUGUCCUUUGUCAUCAUCAUAGUUGGGUUUAUUUCAUACAACUCAGUCCCAACAUUCACCCUUGAAGCUGCAGUCCAACCUGCUGUUGAUGGAGUUGAUAAUCCUGUUUCUGAGACAGAGGAAACGUACAAUAAAGAAGAGUCUGCAAUAGAUUUUCCACAGAAGGUCAUUCCUGAUGGAACAGUAUAAAAGAAAUCCAGUAUUACAAAUAUAUUAUGAAACCUUUGGUGAAAUGAGUCCUUUGAACUGCAUAACUGAAGUGUCAUUGUUUUUAUUUUGUUUAAGCAAAUGUUGCAGGCUGCUAGUUUGUUUACCAUACAGAGCAAAUUUAUGUAGUUUGAAAACAAAUGCCAUAAAGAUCCUUACAGUUACAGAAUUUUGUUUUUACUGAACACCAAAAAGUACAAACAAACUUGGCUAGAUUAAAAUCAAACUAAACUGCUGAAGUGUUCAGGUUAUUUUAGAGCUUGUUAUCCUCCUUGUAAUCCACUGCAAUCCGUGCCUUGGACAUGGUGAACCUAUUAAACAAUACAGUUGAAUUAGGUUACACCAUUUUGACUUAUACUCGGUUUAUUUGUUUAUUUUUUUUAAGAACAAAAGUGUGUUUAUCCCACUGCAGAACUGGAAAUAGAGCAGUUGUUGCACUAUGAAAAGUUCCUCAUGUUAGUUUGCUGAGGGCAGCCACAAGAUAUGUGUAAGCCAUGAUUUCUUUUGAUGGCAUUGCACCAAAACUCUGACAUAGUGAAAUUAAUUGCUUAUUUUUAACCGUGUGACAUUCUUCAUACGUGCUGCUACUGAAAAAGUAAGGAUGUUUUACAUCUAGGCAAUAAGUCAGUUGCAUUUUGCAUGUAAGUUGGCAUGAAGAUUUGUUUUUGUUGCACUGAGAUGCUUUUUUUCUAGGGUUUCUCAGAGGUCUGGUAUCACAAUUUUCAUUCACCAUAGUCCGUGACAUUUUUCGACAGGAAAGUAACCCAUUUUUACAUUUUUAUACUUAUAGUGGCAUAAGACACACCCUUGCAGUACACAGUUUUUUGAGAUAUUAGUACACACUUGCACGAGUGUAUUUUUUGUAAAGGUGAACCAAUGUUUAAGAAUGUAUUAGAUGUAGCUGCCGUACUUUUUCCAAAAUAAUUUUUAAAGUGCAGCCAUUUUAUGCCGUUCUUAGUAAAUUUGACCUCUGCAAACACACUAAAGAACAAGUUAUUUGCAUUAUUGGGCAAAUCACAUCUUAGAUCUGCAGUGUAUUGUAACCUGUUUUUUAAAUUCCACAAUUUAGGAACAAGUCCACAAGGAACCCAAAUAAAAAUAAAGAUAUUUACUACUAGUUUAAAAACUGGACUGUGAUAGAAGGCAGUGGCUGCUGAAAUCCUGUAGAAUCUUGGGAAAGUGAGUUCUGUAGAUUUAAAAGCUUUGCAGGACCUGUCAGUGCUUUCGCAGUCCUAGUUAGUCUCCUCAUUUUAGACUAAUUGCUUGAAACUAAAACCUUGAGACAGACAUCAGAUGAUACAGUAAAAUGUAUGUACUGCUUCUGAGAAGGGUGUCUUGUUAUUUACAUGUCUUUUUCAAAAUCAAACAUCCCAUUUUUUAUAUGCUGUAAAAAGUUAGCCCACACUUAAAGAGAUUGAAAACAGUUCUCUGUAUAUAAACUCUUAAAAAAAAAAUAUUUUUUAUGAAACUAAAGCAGGUAUGCAAUUAAGAUUGUUGAAUAAGGAAAAGUUUAUUCUAGGUAGAGUAGGUUUAUAGCCAUAAAAAUAGUACUUGAUUGAUGCAGUGUUUGACCAAAUUAUUGAAAAUGUGUUUCUCCAUUAACUGAAAAAAGACUUGCUGUAUGACAGCAAUAAUAUGUUGUUUACGACAAAAGUACCAUUUCAUCCCCUCUGGGUGGUGAAAAUCUUACUAACUGGUUUUAUUUUACAAAUAAAAAAGUUAGUUUCAUUUGUCUUUUUCUUUUAAAUCUGUUGGGUAUGCACUUAUAAUAAUUUAAAUGUUUUUAAAAAGUAGUCAUCUUGUACAUUGUUUUAAAGUGUAAAUUUAUUUCUGUACAACUGUAUGUUAAGCAUUUUUCAUGUAAUGAAAAGUAAAAGGCAUUACGGCAUACGAUUUCACUAUUGUAUAGUAUGGAUUAUAGCACUGAAAAGGUUUGACCCUGAUUAUUUUGAAGAAAAAAUAAAACAUUUUUUAAAUUGAUAUAGUUAAAGACUCCAUGAAGGUCUUAUAGGUUGUAAUUACUAUAUUUAUAAAAGCAUUUUGUUGAAAAGAAAUGCAGUAAUUGUCCUUUGUGUAAGAUGGUGAGCUAUAGAGUUUACCACUGUUUAUGAAGUAUAUAAUGUACAUUUUACCUGCAGACUACUCAUAAGACUUGAAGGUGAAAAUUGUUUAGGGAAUUAUUAUAAUUUAUUUCUUUUCAUUUUACAAUAAACUCAUCAGCUAUUACACUAGUUUGUGCACAAUUGCAUUAAGAUUUGGUAAUUAGGAGUUCACUAUCUCACACUAAUCAUUACUGCCGUUUCAAGUUAAUUUAACAUUAUUUUCAAAGACUGAAAAAGCCAUUUCUUUUUCAGUUUCACACAUUUAGCUUAUCUGGGCCCAUUUGCUUAUUUUUCAAAAAGUGGAUUAUGUCUAAUGAUACUGAUAUUCUGUAUUAUGCAGCAAUUUUUAGUUGGCAGUGUUUAAAAACUACAAGCAGAACACAAUAAAAACUGGUAUACUUAACAGAACAAGUACUUUUAUCCUUUAAUAUACAGUAAUACAUAGGUAAAACUAAAUCAAAAGGUUAGUGUUAGUCGACUAAAACAUGUCACGUUAUUUCCAAAUUUGAUGGGCUAGCAUAGGCCACCAGACGAUCACAGGGGGAACACACCAAACACAUACGGGCCAAUUUAGUGUCGCCAAUUCACCAGAACUGCAUGUCUUUGAAAAGUGGGAAGAAACCAGAGAAACUCACACAGACACAGAAAACAUGAAACUCCGCACAGGAAGGACCCUGGAGGUGAAUCCUGAUCUCCUUAUACCAAGGCAGCAGCGCUGCCACUGUGACACCCUGUUAGACUAAGAAAUAUACUGUAACCCCAAAUUCAAAUCACUUGGGG